AUGCGCCGAUGCAACCGAUGCGCAGGCUGCUGCGCGGUUGAUUGCGGGCUCUGUCGCGAGUGCCAGGACAAGCCCGCUUUCGGUGGGAAGGGUAUCAGAAAGAAGCUGUGCCGUGCACGGAGGUGCCACAAUCCCCAGAGUGCCAAGGCUGCCGCGGCCAAGGCUGCCGCCGUCUCGCGCACAGCGGACCUGAUGAAGCUGAUGCUUUCAUCGCGAAUGUGCUGCACCCAACCUUCCGAUCGCGAGUUUGCUGAACCCGCCCUUCCGACCGCCACCGCCGUCGCCACCACCCAUGCCGUCGGGGGCUCGGUCACCUCUUCUUCGCACUCCUCGCCGACGUCCGCAGAGCUCCUGGAGCGGGCGCGAGCGCAGCUGAUGCCGCUCGGAAGCCGGGGCGUGCCGACCAACGACGCGAACCCCCCGUCGUUCUGCGCCCUCUCUGCCAGCCCGUCGUUCCGCGCCCUCUCUUCCCCGAACUGCGACUUCGCCGUCCCGACCGCCGGGACUCCUGAGGCUCGCGACACCACCUCGGAGGCUCUGCGCGUCCUCGCUGCCUUCCCGCAGCCUGAGGAUGAGAUGGAGGAGCUCCUCGGCGAGCUGCUCUCCUCGCUGGAAUCCGACGACCUGGUGUCGCAGCCCUCGCUUGAGUUUCGAUCCCUCGCUGCCGGCGCGGACUUGCCUCGCGAGCAGCAGCUGCGCCUCUUCGGCGCCGCCGCCGCCGAUCGCAGUGCGGUGCUCCUCCGCCUCCAGGCAGUCCUCCACGCCAUGGUCUCCAAUCUCGCCACCUCUUCCGCCGGGGGCAACGAUCCCGCAGCAGUGGCUGCAGUGCUGCGCAUCGUCACGGCCGCAGAGGUGACACUAGCGGCUGGCAGCGACUUGCCCGUCCCCCCGCCGCUUCUCCCUGCGCCGGCGGCCGCCAUGCGCGCGGACACCGCGCUGCUCGGCCGGCUCCCAGCUUUGCCGCGGCAUGAAUCUGCCCCGACGCCAGUGCUUUCGCCGCUUCCGUCGCCUCCCGAGCCACCGCCACCAGUUUCUCGCCGCUCGCUCGGCUUGGGUGUGGAUCGGCUUGGGGGGGCAAUCGGCGAGAUCGAGGCUUGGGGAGGGAUCGCGAUGUGGUGGCUGCUCGCCGCCCCCGUGGCAUGGGCCGGCUGGCUCGCGCUGGCGAGCCAGUCGGAGGUGGAGGCCUUGGCGGGAAAGCCAGAGGUCGAGACGGCCCUGCACGCCGGGAUUCUCGUUGCCUCUUGGUGCUACCACGCCGCCACGCCCGGCCGCUCGCGUAAAGGCCUCAGCCUCGCCGUUGCCUCCCUCUUGGUGCUGUGCCGUGCUGUGGUCUGCUGCCGUGUCGGCGACUACUCGCUGCUGGGCGUGCCCUUCCUCAACCUCGCCCUGCCCAGGCUAGUCGGCUCGGUACUUGGCCACCUCUCGAGGCGCCUUGAGCGCUCCUCGGCGGUCGCACUGCCACUGCCGGGUGGGCCGACAAACUCGCUGAUCCCGAGUGCCUCACCAGAAGCUGCCGCGGCGAUGUCUGCGGUAGCACUGUUCGAUGGUGUGACGGGUCUGGCGGUGGCCGCCGCCACGCUCCUCAAGGGCGUCGCCCCCGUCCCUGGCGGCGGCGCGGAGCCACCUGCAUGGAUGCACUACUUCGCCUUCGACACGCUGGGCCCUCGUUCCAUGAUGGUCGGGUAUGCCCUCUGGAUCACCUACCUCGUCGCCCUGGCCCGGAGGCUGCGCAUCGAGCGCUUCUUGCAUCUGUGGGGCCAGAUGUGUGCCUUCCAACCGCUUGCGCAUUGUGCUAUCAUCGCGGCUCGAUCUGAGCCACUGCUGAGCGCAGCCGACUUCGCAUCCUUCGUCAGCAGCCCUCCCGCGCGGGCGGGGCGCCUCGCCAUUGGUGCUGUGACCGCCGCAAUGCCGCGCGCCCUCCGGUGGAAGCUCGGUUGCAUCGCGGCCUUUAGCUUUGGCGUGGGCUUGCAGGACGUAGCGAGGGUGUGGCGAUUCUCCAUAUGGCCGCGGCCGUCCCUCAUGCUCGACCGGCUCGGCCUCCCCAUCCUCGGCUUUGCGGAGGAGGGAAUCCAGAGCUCGGGCGGCGACAUGUGCUACCCGGAGUGCCCGGGUUACCACACGAGCCGCCGCAACACGCUCUUCAGCUGCUUGACCGAGGAACGCCGUGAGGAAGAAUUUUUGCAUGCUCACACAACACUGGGCGUGGCAUGA